AUAUAAAUUAAUGAAGAUAAUUUUCUUCAAACACCUCUGUUAUGUUUUUCCUAAAUAAGUAUCCAUUCUUUCAAAAACAUUUCAAUUAUCACUUGUUAUGGAAAAGUCUUCAGAUUUAAAAAUGUCUGGGAAUAAGUCAAUUGAGAUUAGUCCAAUACAAAGAUUUUGUUUAAAAUAUAAUAUUAAUUAUAAUCUUAUUAUGUUAAAAGUUACUUUAUUUUUAAUGUAUGGAGCAACUUCAUCAUUAGUUCCAUACUUGACAAUUCACAUGCAAAGCAUUGGAUUAUCUGUAGAAGAAAUUGCUAUAGUUUAUUUAGCUUUGCCUUUAACCACUUUUUUAGCUCCACCUAUUUCAGGAUUUUUGGUAGAUAAAUUUGGUCAGUAUAAACCAGUUCUAUUCAUAUCACUGGCAUUAAAUGCUGUUUUUCAUCAUUCAUUGAUGUUGAUACCUCAAAUGGAAACUCCUGGAGCAAUAUCAUCUGCAUAUGUUAUGAGACAUCCAGAAUCUGGAAAAGUUGAUGUUUGGUGGAGUCCUUGCCCUAGCAGAGAAUGCCCAGAAGAUGAAGAAAUUAAUUUAGUCUUAGAUGAAUGUGAGGAUCAUUGUUUACUUAGAGACUCUAGUGUACCCAGAGAAGAAAACAAAUGGAUGACAAAAAUUGAGCAAAGUAUUGCUGUUCGACCACCAACUUUCAUUACCGGACCUUCGAAUCCUCAACAACAGCAACUUCCAAAUUGUAUAGUGCCUCCUAUUAAUAAUCAUCAACCAGGAAUAGAUGAUCCAGACUUGUUUUUUAUUUAUGAAAAAACAAAACUAGCUAAAAACACAACUAAACCGAUUAUUAAAAGACCAGAAGCAAAAAAAAAUAAAGUGAGAAUGGGAGUUUUAUUAAAUAAUGAAACUGUGAAAGAAAUUGCUACUAUUGGAGCAGGUUUUAAUAAUAUGAAUGAUACUUCCAAUAAAAAAGAAGCUACUGUGUUUGUGGUAUUGGACAUGCAUCCAGGUCUUAUGAAUCCAACUGAAACAUUAGGAAUGGAGUUACCAGAACUUGAUCAAGAUGAACAAGUAACUGAUUUUCGUCAGCAUUUUUCAUCAGAUAUGUUAGUUUCGUCUGGUGUGAAUUUCACAGCACUUCUAGAUCAUGAUUUACGAUGUGGCGGCAGGGUGUUGGCAACAAAUUUAACAUAUAAUAAAUUGAAAGAACUUGCUGCAGAUUGUAUGCUACAAAAAUGUAUUUUCAGAACAGGUGGACCUGAACGAUGUCCUCCAGAGUACAAGCCUUCAAAUGAAAAAGUAUUUUGGAUAUAUUUUGGACUGCGGUUUAUAGGUACAACAAUGUCAGCAGCAUCAGUGACAGUCAUGGAUCCUAUAGCUUUAAGUCUUAUACAAAGGUAUGGUGGUCAGUUUGGAAGAGAAAGGUUAUUUUCAACUGUUGGAAUGGCAUUAUUCUCACCACUAACUGGUUGGCUAAUUGAUUACAUGAGUUCAAAAAAAGGUUAUACGGACUAUUCAUCUGCAUUCUACACCUAUGAUGUUCUUCUUGUUUUAUCAAUGAUUACAUUACUAAUGAUGCCAGUUGGCAUAAAAAUGCCUGCAGAUAAUAUUUUAAAAGAUAUGAUAAGGUUAUUAAAAUUACCACAUGUAAUGGCAUUUAUAUUUUUUUUGUUUAUGCUUGGUAAUUGUUGGGGAUUUAUAGAGUCUUACUUAUUUUUAUAUCUUAAAGAACUGGGUGCUCCUAAUUAUUUAUUAGGUAUUACAGUGUCUGUAGCAACAAUCAGUAGUAUUCCAUUUUUAUAUGGCGCAGAAAAAAUAUCAAAAAAAAUUGGACAUGUUAACAUUAUUGUCAUAGCUUUUUUUUCACAUGCAGCUAGAUUAAUGGGCUAUUCCUUUAUUGAAGAUCCAUGGUGGGUAUUUCCAUUUGAAGCAAUUGAAUCUUUAGCAGUUCAUUUAAUGUGGGUAGCUGCAGCAACAUACUGUGCUUUACUUGCACCAAAAAAUCUGCUAGCAACACUUAUUGGUGUAUCCGGAAUGUCCCACUUCAGUCUUGGUCGUGGAAGUGGAAGUUUUUUUGGAGGGCUUUUAAUAGGAUCCUAUGGAACAAGGCAAUCAUUCAGACUAAUGGGAUUACUGGGAAUAAUAAGUGGUACUAUUUACGGACUAUUACAUUGUAUGUGUCUUCACAAGUUUGAAGGACAUACUACAAGUGAGAAGCCUGAACAAUCAGAAGCAGAAUCUCUAAAAGAAGUCGAAGAAAACAAAGAAGACUUGUCUGAUAUAGAAUCGGAGGCCAGACGUUUGAGCUUAAUGAUUAAAUUUAACCAUCGUGGCUCUUUAGCAUCAUUAGAUAAAGAAAUACUACCAGCUACUAAAUCGCAAAAUGACCUAAGAUGUACAUCAUUGCAACCUCCUAAAGUGGACUUACUUAAGUCUACUCUUGAACUAAAUUACUUGCAUAAAAAGGCUAAUGUGAACAAAUUAAUAUCAAAAAAAGAUGACAACUGUGUAUUAACUCCAAAAUCAAGUAGAAAAUCAAUGAUUAUUAAAACUACAAUGGAAGAAGAAACUAAAAAUUAAGAAUAUAAAAAAAAAAAAAAAUAAUGUUAUAUCUUAAGAGUAAAGCUUUUGGUAUAAACUAACAAUAUAUUUACAUAGAUGUAAUAGAA